AUGACACCCCUUCACCUUUUCACCAUUGUCCUCUCCAUCCUCGCGGCAUCGGUCUCUUCAGUUCCCAUCUGCGUCACAACCACCACUACCGCACCUAUUCUUCCUGAGAUCACGAUCCGGCAAGUACCCACGACAACACAACCAACGACAACGACCACCACUAUUACUACCUUGGCAGCAACAAUUACGGCUCUUGGCGCAGUUCCAACCACAAUUGCAACCUCAGAACCACCCGUGGACGACCAUACUCACCACGGCACCAGUACUACUACGCAUUCACACACAAGGAUCGCAGCAUCGUCGCCGUCACAUGUACAUGCCAGCCUCAAGCAUCUUCAUGUCAAGAACAGCACAUCCAACAUCUCUCCGAGGACAUUGAGAAAAAUAGAACGAAAGGCAAUGAUCUGA